CCUCCCUCUCCCCUUGCCUCUCUCCCCUUGCCUCUCUCUCCUCUCUCUCUCCCGUCCCAGUUGUCUCGAGGCUCCGCGUGCAAUUGCGGGGAGGGAAGGCGCGCGCGGCUGUCUCGAGAGAGAUCACUCAUCUCAGCCUCCACCAUCUCCCCCUAGCCUCUUCACGCGUGUGUCCCCGUGCGUGCUGCCCGUGCGUGUGUGUGGGGGGGUGCCGUGGGUCUCUGUGCCUCCUCCCCCCGUCUAGUGUGCGUGUUUGUAGGAGGGCCGUGAGUGAGUGCGUACUAAGCUCAUAGCAGCGGCGGUGGCGACGGUGGGAGCUACUCCUUUCGUAGCUUGCAGUCUUACCCCCACCCCAAACGUUCACAGUGGUGUUAUUGUUGUUGUUGUUCCAAAGCUCACUUGGAUAGAUAGACUUGCUGGCCUUUAUGGAGCGGUGCGAGAGAUCUGUUAAGGCUGUGAUGAAACUGGGUUCUUUGUGAGUGCGGUCUGUCCGUCCGUCCGUCUUUCUAUACGUGCGUGUGUGCGUAUACAUUUGCACACACACACGCGCACACGCGCACACGUACGCACGUGUGUGUGUGCGCUGUUUUGUUUUUUUCUGCACCCGCUGUGCCAUCCAUCGAUGGAGUGCCACGUGAAAAAGACCAAAGACACCAAUGGGCCCCCCACGGUGACCGCCAGCCCUGGGGAAGGAGCCACUUACGCCAUCACGUGCGGGGAAUGGAACGCGCGGCUCAUCUGGUGCAAGUUCGUGUGUCCCGGCAUCAACGUGAAAUGCGUUCAGGUUAAGGAGGAGCUCAUCACCCCCAAGGAGUUCGUGUGUCUGGCCGGGCGCGCGAGCCUCAAGGACUGGAAGAGGGCCAUCCGCCUCGGAGGGGUCAUGCUAAGGAAGGUGAUGGACGCCGGGCGGCUGGACUUCUACCAGCACGACACCGCCUGCUCCUCCAGCUGCCGCAGCACCAAGCAUGAGCCCCGCGGUCUGGGCGGCCCCGGGGGGGGCGCCGCCGCCGCCGCCGCCGCCGCCGCGUCCCUGUGGCCCGGCGGCGGGCGGCCCUCCGGCUGGCCGGGCAGCUUCUUGAAGGGCGACCGCCGCUACGUCGUGAGCGGCUGCGGGCAGCACCAGCGCAGGGGCGUCAUCAAGCAGCGCGCGAGCAAAGCGGGCGAGGACGCGACGGCCCUCAACGUCGGUGGCCACAAGCAGCAGCUGCAGCAGCUGCAGCAGCUGCAGCAGCUGCAGCAGCAGCAGCAUCAGGAGCAGCAGCAGGCAGGGGCGGCACAGCGGCUGGCGUACAGCAACGGGCACGGCAGCCUGAGCGAUGCCGUGAAGCGCGAGUGGUCGGAGGAGAGCAGGCGAGCGAACGCGAUGGGCGAGGGAGCGGGCCGGGCGGCCGGGCGGCCGGGGCACGACGGCUCGCUGAGGGCGAGGGAGGCCGUCAAGCGGAGCGGGGAGGCCUCGGUGGGCGGCGGCGGCGGCGGCGGCGGCAACAAAAGGGGACGCUUCGGCGCGGGUUCGGCCACGGCCGCGGCCGCGAUGAUGAACGGGCAAGCGGCGGUGACGCACGCCGGGGAGGACCGGGCACAGAAGCUCACGAUGGUCGCCAGAGCGGACCGGGCCGACCAGAGCUGCUCCCCCGAUUCCGAGCAGGACAGCGACUUGCCAGACCACGUGCUGCGGUUCUGGCGUGGCGUGGCGAGGGCCGGGCUGCUCGGCGAGGUGGUGGGCGCCGUGCAGAGGGAGCUGCAGGCCCGGCUCACCGGGCUGUGCCGACUCGCGCAGACCCCCGCCCUGCAGAUGGCCGACGCCGCCCUCCUUCACGGCACGGUCCAGAGCCUCGGCCUCUCGGGCCAGGUGGACCGGAUGCUGGCGAUCAACACGCACGGGGCGACCGCGGCUCGACGCACGGACGUCACGACGCACGGACACGGCGCGGCCGACGGUGGGACGGCGUGCGAGAAGCUGGAGGGGGCGAGCUGGCUGGAGGGGGCGGUGGCCGACACCAACGCCUCCGCGUCAGCCAACGCCGGGCGGCACGGAGCGGCAGCGAACACGGCGCUCGCGACGCGACUCUUCACUCAGCCAGUGUGACUCCCCCACCAAUCCCAUCACUCUGUGGUCCACCAACCCUCCGCCGCCGGGCAGCACGGAGCUUCAGCGAACACGGCGCUCACGACGCGACUCUUUACUCGGCCAGCGUGACUCCCCCACCACUCCCAUCAAUCCGUGCUCCACCAACCCUCGUGAAUCGUGAACUCCACACAACAGGGCGUCUCACUCGCGUUCGCUCGCCCACUGACUCAUCCACCUAUCAGCUCCUCCAGCUGCAUCCGACUCCACAAUGAGAGUAAAAGCAAAAACAAGUCAAAGUGGUUUGCUGAUUCAAAUUUGCAGCGGGGCGAGGGAGUGGAUUCUCAUUUCCACGGAUAUAACGAUUCAUGGAUCUUUACGCUCACAAUACUGGCAUCAAAUGGCGUGGGUAAUAAGCGAUUGUUUUCCAAUUCAUCAUACACGUUCAUUGUGUCCAUCGGGAUCAGAAUCUUUAUUUAUCCUGGAGGAAUCCGACGAGCUAUGAAGCUCUUUUCCACAGGCGUCCAUGUCUAUUCCACGACAGAGGAAAUAGAUUCGCUCGUCUUCACAUUUACACUGUGAACUCGAAUCUCGUCGUGAUCCUGAAUCGGGAGCAAUCGAUUUGAUUGUGGACAGGGUUCACCGCUACAUCCGCAUCAUCUCCCGUUCACAACACUGCGGCAGCUGCGGAAACGCCACCCUCGUGUGGCAGGCACUCGGUGGAACCUUUACGACAACGGCUUUUCGACGGCUCGCAAAGUCGCACUUCGUCCACUCACCCUUGGUCCGGUCGCAUCGGACCCAGUUCAGCUCCAACCAGGAUUGUGAGUUGCGCGCUCUAAACCACGCUCGGAGCCGCAUGAGCCGGAACGGCUGAGAGACCGCACGCACGCCCCCCCCCCCCCCCCCGCCCUGGGGGAAUUAACCUGGGCUCGCAUUCCGGGUUUGCCAGCCCCAGGUUGAGCUUGUUUUUGCCGAACGUGAGUCGAUGGCCUCGGCACGGCCACCAGUGGCUGCGCCGUGCGACUCUUUAUUCGAGUGUGAAUACUUAUUAUUUUUUGUUUUGUUUUUAAACAAUCUCAAAUGUAGUCGAACCCAGCUCUGAGAGCUACGUUUGCAAAACACGUACGCACAUAGCGAGACGGGGCGUUCGGAGAAACCCCCUCGAAUCUUUCGCGGGUAGCAGUUGUGCGAUGGCGGUGUAGAGAGGUUUGAAAGAGAUGUCACCGGGAGUGUGGGAGAGUGUGCAGCGCGCGUGUUCACGCGUUUGCGUGCGUGCGUGCGUGUCUACGUGUCUACGCGCAUGUAGACUGGUACAAAUACACUGUGUACAAAAUUAUAUGUAAGUAUUUACUUUGGCACACGUAUUCUCUCGAAAGAACGCCCCUCUUUUCAAGAUAUGCAAUUUACCUGUUGACCAAACCUCUGCAGCGCAAUAAUCGCCCUUAACGGACCAGCUGGAAGGACAGGAGGCGGGGCAAUGGGAACUGUCAAGAGGAGGAUGAGCAAGACAGAACGACAUCCGUGCUUUCACUUGAUUUGGCGUAAUCCACCCCCGAAACGCUGCAACGUCCGUUUGCCAUGCCGCGGGGCAUACGUAAGGCUAGCUCACAGGCCUCUGUGUCGAGGCCCUUCUCAACACUAUGAGGGUUCUAAACGAGAAUGGUUGUCUCGUGCUGUGAUUCCAGUAACACGAGGGGAAGCUCAAUAUAUAUUUAAAACAAUCAUAUCGGAUGUUCUUGCGUAGGGGUUCCGCAGAAAUCACGUCCAGGCAUGAGUCCAUUCGUGCUGAAUAAGCGUGACAAUGCAGCGAUUCGUCGGUGGUUAUGGAUUCUCAUGCUCGCAUUAAUUCGUCAACCCUGUGCUCGCGAGGCCUGAACAUUUACAAUGAAUGCAAAUCGUAUGCCAGUGUCACACUUGAGCCUAUGGGCCUGACCAAACGCCGUUUUAAAAGGGGCGAUGAAGGGAGAAACGUUACAAAGGAGGCAGUAAAAGUAAGAAAACAAUUAUAUAACAUCGUUGAAUCGUGACCCCGCAUCAUUUACAGUCACUUUGCAUAGGGAAGUGACCGGUUACACGCCUAGCGAUAGAUCGUUUAUUAUGUUGAAAACAUUAACACGUAACAAACACGUGUGUGUAUCUUGAUUUGAAGCUUUCGUGACUGCAGGAAUCCAUACUCUGGUUCUUUCGGUAAAGUCACGUAGGUAGAAAUAAGAUAAAAUAAAACAAACCACGACGUUUCGAUUGCAACGCAAGCAGUCUUCAUCGGGUGUGACAACCACGGCCAGGAAAAAAAACAUUUUCUUGCUGUGGUUGAGAUUGCUUGUGUUGCAAUCGAAACGUCGUGAUUUAUUUUAUUUUAUUUCUAACUACGUGACUUUACCGAAAGAACCAAUGAGUACGUGUGUGUAUGUGCAUCAAAAUAUGAGCAUACGUUUGUGUGCCUGUGCAAAUUCGAGGAUGGCCAUGCGUUCGUGGUUUGUGGACUGCACUACAAUCCUGGCAACCUGAGUUCGAUACCAAGUGGCGUUUGGUUUCUUUUACCUUGGUCCGGGCCUCCCCUAGGUUGACUCAGCCAGUUGCAAUGUCAUUACGAUAUUCACAAUAUUUGCGUGGUGCUGGUCAUACCACCUUUUAACAUGUGCACAAUGCUCGCCUUAAUAGGUGCUCGCUAACAUAGCACAUGCCCCGACAGUUGUGGGCAGACCAGCAGAGGUGACAGGGUAGCGUGUUUCUUUGGGUAUGGCAUCUCGAUAUGCAAUUCUCAAAACGUUCUGAUCUUCCCGGUUGUCUUACGAGGGCUAAACACUAUUUUGGUUAAGUUAUCAUUCAUUGUCCCAACCAAUCACAUUGGCAAAAAAAAUGCUUACCGACAUAUAGACUUUGUAUAAAAACCACUCCCUGUGUUAUAUAAUUUCGUUACAUCCUGUGUAUAUGUGUAGAGAGAGGCAAGGAUACGUAUUUGCACAUAGGAUAUAGAGAGCUUUGGCGUUAAGAGCAUUUGUAUAGACCGAUCUCUCCCAUGGGCGCGACCUGUUAUAUCAAGGCGCGUGUGUGGCAGUCCGACAUAAGCAGAGCACAAUCAGUGUACAAAAUCUGAAAGGUUACAACCGCCGUAGCUUGACCUCAUCAUCCAAUUAAUAUGAAUUGUAAGUAAUACUAACGAUAAUGAAAGUUUAACAAACAACAACAAAAUAUAGUCGUCGAAUGUUUCUUUAUGACGCACGUGCGCGCUUGCUACUGCGCGCGCGCGCGCGUGUCCGUGUACAUAUUUGUAGACGCAUAUUAAAACGUGCCGUUAGUUGUUUUUUUUUUACCGUGAGUUCAAAAUAAACGAAGGCGAGGCGCCGAUUUCCUCUCUUUG